AUGGAAUUCUCAUCACAGGCUUUGAAACACUCGAGUGACGGGAAGGGUCGCCGCGUGCAAACCUUAAGACGGCACAGAGAUGCUGUAGUCAAUUACGCUGAACGACAAGGACUCAUUAUUCCCCUCAGAGAAAAUACAUGGGGAGUCGCCUCGAAAUCACAAGACGAUGUGCUUUACACGGUUUACAUUGGACAGUUAUGCAACUGCGACGAGAAGGCAGAAUCUCACUUAAAUGAGAUAGCACGUCGCUGUUUCCAAAAAGGACUCGUAGACGCUCUUAGAGAGCUCAGGCUGGCAGUUGAGCAGGUAGUGGAACACGUCUCGUCGACAACAGGGAUAGAAUUCGAAGGUCCAGUACGAAGGACAACAGUUCAAGGGCCAGGGCCUACGCCUAAACCUAAAACUAUUCUUGCAUAUAAGAGCAAAAGACAGGUAAUCGCUGACAAGAAGAAGGAAAAACCAGCUCCAAGUCAUGAUGGCUCUGAUCUGGAUAAAGUCUGGGAUAUGGAUCGCGAUUCUCUGAUUAUAUGUUUCCUAUGUGGUCGUAGGGAACCACCGGUUGCACACGAGGACCCCAUUACCUGGUUUGGUUGUUCAAACCAGGAAUGUAAAGCGUGGGCGCAUACGUGUUGUACGGAAGGUAGGUUUCGUGUGUGCUCGGUAUGCAACAUUGGUGUUUGGCAGUUGGAUUGUGGAGAAGGCAGUUAA